CAGGUGUGGAGUGCAAUUAAUCUAUCAAUCACUCAGCGACCAUGCCUCCACGCACCAAACGAGCCCCAGCAUGGACCAAUGCAGAGCUGCAGGACCUCAUUAGUGUGUGGGGAGAAGAGGCUGUGCAAACACAGCUGCGCUCCAGAAGGAGAAAUUAUGAUACGUAUGGUCAGAUAUCGCAGUCCUUGAUGAGAAGGGGCCAUGAACGGGACGCCUUGCAGUGCAGAGUAAAAAUUAAGGAGCUGAGGAGUGCGUACUGCAAAGCCCGUGAGGGAAAUCGCCGCUCAGGAGCUGCCCCCACAACCUGCAGGUUUUACAAGGAGCUGGAUGCCAUACUUGGGUGUGACCGCACUGCCAAUCCGAGGACCACAAUGGAGAGUUCACAGCAGGGAGAAGUGGGGGAUGGUGUAGAGGACGGAGACAGUGAGGCUACUGGCGUGGAGGGAGACACCCCAGAGUCCCAGGACACAUGCAGCCAGGAUCUCUUCUCCAGCCUGGAGGAGACUAGCCAGUCGCAGCAGCUGGAAGCUGACGGUGAGGAGGAAGCUGAGGAUCGUGCUCGUGGGACCUUGACUACUGCAGCUGUAUCACCGCCCUCACGUAGGUUGCAGAACUUGAGACGCAAUCCUAGGAAAUCAAAAGAGGAUUUGAUCAAGUCUGUUCUGAGCCACUACAACAGGGAAAGUAGGAAGACAGAGGAAUGGAGAAGCAGUGUACAGGAGUGGAGAAAGACUGUACAUGAAUGGAGGCAAACAGAAAGCAGGAGAAAGGAAUUGUGUAGGCAAACAGAAAGCAGGAGAAAGGAAUUGUCUGCCAAAAAAACAACAAAGCAGAUGAUAAGCCUCCUGUCUCGCCAAACUGAGUCUUUCGAGUCUCUUGUAGCCAUGCAGACAAAUAUGUACCGUGCUAACCCACAGCCCUCCCAAAACCCUCUUCCUUGUCACCAUGUAUAUUCACAAAACAACUUUCUCCAGCAGUUCGUCUGCACAAGUGUAUCCCAAGCACUCGCCCAGAAGGCCACUGACAGUCAGUGCCAGAGCCCAGACCCAGAGAAGGAGAAGGAAGGAGACAUGGCAGGGUCUAGUGGAGAUGCAUAG